UGCCGAUGCACCAAUGUUUGUUUGCGGUGUAAAUUUGGAUGCCUAUAAGUCCGAGUAUAAAGUGAUCUCAAAUGCAUCUUGCACUACCAAUUGUUUGGCCCCAUUAGUCAAGGUUAUGAAUGAUGAAUUUGGCAUCAUUGAAGGGUUGAUGACUACGGUUCAUUCUACAACUGCCACGCAAAAAACUGUUGAUGCUUAUCCAAGAAAUACCGAAUCUUUACUUGCUGAAAAAUUACCAAUUCUUCUUGACAAAGUUGAAGAUGAAAUUAUUUUGGUAACACAUGUUGGACCCUCUAAAGUUGGAACAACUGAGGUGGACAAAUUUCCGUUGCGGGAUCCACCGAUUGAAUCUGGCAGAACACCAUUAUCAUCAGAAAAUUCAUCUCAAUGUAACAUUAUGUUUAAUAUUCACGGUCAUUCACAUUAUCCUUUUGGGCUUUCACAUUUAGGCCAAACUUUUAUAAUUAAUCCUGGUCCUCUUCAAGAAG